AUGUCAGGAGCGCCCAGUGCGGAGGGUGAAGGAGUAGUCUCCAAAGUGAAAGUGAAGAAGGAGAUCAAGACAAUCGUGAAGAAUUUGGAGACCAUCCUGGGGGACCUCAAGGACGUAGCCAAAGAGCUGAAGGAGGUCGUCCAUGACAUCGACACCCUGACUUGUGACCUGCAACUGGAGGAGGAUGGAAUGACAGACAGCUCCAAGACGGACACACUCAACUCCAGCUCGAGCUCCACCACCACCACCACCACCGUUUCCAGCCUGGAGAAGAUGAAGCUCUUCCCCGAGGACUUCAUCUUUAAAACCUCUGGGCCCAUCAUCCCGGUCCCUGUCCACCCUCCUGCAGUACUGACUGUGCUGAGGAAAGCCCACCCGCCCUUACCACCACCAAGACAUACGCCGCAAAGAGCCGAGGAUCACAACAUGAAGAAUCUGCCUCAUCCGACUUUAAUGUUAUCAGGGAAUAUAUCCAAGGCUAACGGGUCUCUGAUGAGGAAUGGCGGGAUUUUCCCUUUGAAAACCAGGGAUUUAUUCUCCUCCACGCCCUGUUUCCUUUCCAGUGACAGCGGAAUGCCUGAGUCCGGGCUUGUUCCUACAUUGCCCAGGCCCAUGCCUCUUCUCCGUCACGAAAAAAACAAAUGCCCAAAGGCCCCUGGCAGGGAGCCUCGUGAGAGGGAGCGUGUCCGUUUCAGCGAGACGGUCCAGUACCACGGCUACUGCCCGGACUGCGACCUCCAGUACGACGUAGACGACACAGAACUCCACUUACAGGCCGAGCUGAGCGACUUGAGGCUUAGCCCGCUACACUGCUGCUCUUCCUCCUCCCCUCCUCCUCCUCAUGCUCUUCCUCAUGAUUUCAUGUUGGAAAACGGCGGCCUCCCAUUCAGCCAGAGUUUCCCGCCGACAGCGAACCCUCCUCCACCUUUUGUGCCUCCUCACCCGCCUUCCCGCAAGCCCCAGAAAACAAUCCUCCGCAAAUCAACCACCACCACGGUUUGA